AUGGUUAAUUUUGAUGAAGUAAAGGACGACGAAGAUGGAGAAGCAGAAGGAGGAGGUGGGGAAGAAGGAGAAAAAAGUGGUGGCACUGGAGGAGAAGGAGAAGUGGCGUCGGUGGUGGAAGUGGAGAGGACAGUGAUUCCGACAGUGAUGAUGAUGAUGUUCAGCAGUAAUGACCAAAGGGGAAAGAGACAAUUUCCUCCAUCAGGGGGACCACCUCCAGGCCCACCUCCAAAUAUUGGACCAAUGGCACCAUUUCUCUCACCAGAUGGUGGUUUCCCUUCACAAUCACAUCCUCCAAGAGGUCCCCCUUCAGGUCUAGGUCCACGUAUGCCACCUCCUCCUAUGGGUAUGGGAGGACCACCUCCUAGAUUCCCACCACCAGAUGCUAUGGGGCCACCACCAUUUGGAAGAGGUUUUCCUCCAGGUGGUCCACCGCCAAUGGGACCUCCUCCAAAUCUUGGUCAACUUGGUAUGAAAGAUAGAGGUCCUCCACCCCGCUUUGAUGACAGAGGCUUUCGAGGAGACCCUAUUCAAGGCUAUUCACCAUUUUCACAACCUCCUCCCACCCAAGGAAUGCCACCCCCUGGAGACUGGGACAGAGGACCACCUAGUGGGUACCCACCUGACUGGAAUAGGUAUCCUGGAGAUCGCAGUCCACCCAGGUCAGAUGACAGUGAUUUCAGCAGUGAGGAAGAAACACGAGAGUUUUCGGAAAGAAGAGUUUUCCGAGAGUUCAGAGAACGAGACAAACCUAGAGAUAAGGAACACCACAGGAGGGAACGAGAUAACAGAGACAAGUCACGAGAUCGGGAUCGGGAUAAGGAUAGGGAAAGAGACAGAGAUAGGGAACGGGACCGGGAACGCGACAGAGACAGGGACAGAGAUCGGGACAGAGACAGAGAUCGGGACAGAGACAGAGAUCGGGAGAGAAGACACAGAGAUCGUCAUGACAGAGAUAGAGACAGAGACAAAGAUCGAGAAGAUCGGCACAGAUCCAGAAGUCGGCGGCAUCAUGAAAGUAGUGAAACAGGAUCAGAGUCACACAGAAGUUCACGACACAAACGCAGUAAGCGGUCAAGAAAGGAAAAGGAUGAACCAAUGGAAGCAGGAGAUGCUGAGGUUGCAGUUGAAGCUGAAACACCAACAGAGGAAUCACAGGAAGUGGCGGCGGAAGAAGUUACAACGGAAUAGAUAUUGACAAGGAGAUGUUAUUCUCCCAUUCAAUGAGAGGCAUGAUUUGAAAACUGGAAUACAUUGCAGAUACUGUCAUGUCUGCGUAAUUGACACGAGUCAUGUAACUAUGAUUUCUUUACUGACAUUAUCAACACAUAAUGUAAAGAUCAAGUUUAAGUAGUUAUAAUUGACUGUUCUCAGUUAACACCUCCCUCAAAUGACAACUGCCACCACAAACACCUUAUUAGUGUUCUCCCUCAACAUCAGACAAAGUGCCCUCUAGUGAUUAUGAGUGCCCUCUAGUGUUCAUUUUUUUUGGAAAUUUAAGAAUGGAGAAAAUUAUUGAAUUUUCUCGUCAUAAUUAUCAGUGACUACUA